AUGCCCGAACUGCCGUCUUAUAAUAUACCAGGAGCCUUCCCUUUGGAUAGCUCAACACCAUUUACCAACAAACGAUUAAUGAGUGUCGUCAACGAAACAGUACAACAUCAAAUGGAAGCCAAAUUUAUUUCAAAUCAAUUGGUCACUCGCAAAACUAAAUACCAACAUGAAAUUUUAUACCAACUUGAGGCUCUAUGCUAUAUCCUUAUAUUUUACCAACUUGUCAAGUAUUGUCACUAUGCGUGCCUUAUUCCAUUUCUAAGUCACAUUUUAGUGUUAUUGGCACUAAACCCCAGAAUUAUCACCAGUUCAAAUUCAAGAACAGUAUUGGAUAUCUUGUUUGAAGAUGCAGAUGCAGACACCAGAAGAAGCACAUUGGAGCGUAAACUCCCUGAUUAUAGCUACAUGAUGUAUGCCAAGACCCUAUUUGUUCUCUUAUACCACACACUUUUCAUCACUACAUGGGGAGUUUCAUUAGUAAAUCGAGAAAAACUAUCAACGAUACAAUAUGGAACAUGGUGGUUCAUAUCAUUCAUUGGAGAAAAUGUACCCGAUAUUUCCCCUGAUGCAUCUACAUGGAGCAAAAUUGUCGAGCUUGGAUUAUUCCAACUAUUAUUUGUUGAUCUACUAAUUCUUUUCAUUCAAUUAGUUUUGUUUCAAUGCAUAUACUAUCAAAGUUCGCUACUAGGUCUAAGUGGCAGAAGUAUAAAUGAAGCUGAAGUUUGUGUUAUUAGAGGAAGUGAGUUAAAUACUGGUGUUCAAGGCGAUGAAAGUUUAGAUGGGGAUCAACUGGGGGUAUUUACGGCGUUGGUUGUACAGUUGUAUGAAAACUUCGAGAUACUGGGGAUGUUUAGGUGGGAGUAA